AGUUGUACAGCAUGGGUUGAGGUGGCCAGAUCCUGGCAGGGGUCUCAACUCCACUAAUAGCUAAAGCAUGUUGGGGUUUGAAUGCUGGAUACUUUGAAGUUGCCAUAUCCUGACUGAAGACCUUCCCAGAACGGCAGUAGUUGGUCGAGUAUGCCACAGUAUGAAAACCCAUGGACAAUCCCAAACAUGUUGUCAAUGACGAGAAUUGGCUUGGCCCCAGUUCUGGGCUAUUUGAUUAUUGAAGAAGAUUUUAAUAUUGCACUAGGAGUUUUUGCUUUAGCUGGGCUAACAGAUUUGUUGGAUGGAUUUAUUGCUCGAAACUGGGCCAAUCAAAAAUCAGCUUUGGGAAGUGCUCUUGAUCCACUUGCUGAUAAAAUACUUAUCAGUAUCUUAUAUGUUAGCUUGACCUAUGCAGAUCUUAUUCCAGUUCCGCUUACUUAUAUGAUCAUUUCAAGAGAUGUAAUGUUGAUUGCUGCUGUUUUUUAUGUCAGAUACCGAACUCUUCCAACACCACGAACACUUGCCAAGUAUUUCAAUCCUUGCUAUGCCACAGCUAGGUUAAAACCAACAUUCAUCAGCAAGGUAAAUACAGCAGUCCAGUUAAUCUUGGUGGCAGCUUCUUUGGCAGCUCCAGUUUUCAACUAUGCUGACAGCAUUUAUCUUCAGAUACUGUGGUGUUUUACAGCUUUCACCACAGCUGCAUCAGCUUACAGUUACUAUCAUUAUGGUCGGAAGACUGUUCAGGUGAUAAAAGACUGAUGAAAGCCAUCUAUCACCGUUAGUAAGGAAGCAGUAUACAUCAAUGGGAACAGGGCCCGUGGAAAUCUACAGGAGUUUCCCUAUUUUGGUGUUCAGCUUGAAAAAGGACUUGUCAGAACCAACCAUGUCAUCAAAAUUUAAGUAAUGUGCAUUGAAAAUAAGGUUGAUCAUGGGAAUAUGCAGAAUUUCCAAUGUAUUUUUAAAUACAAAUAAAACUAUAAUUUAGAAUUUUUAAUCUUAGGUUUCUUGAUUAAUUUAUAAGAGAUUAAUUAUUGUCAGUCUUUUUUAUAUGUUUUCUACAAACAUAGUCCAGAGCAUGGGCAGAGUUGACACCUCUCUUAAGUGAAAUUUGGAUUGCUCACAAAGCACUAGGAAAUGUCGUGGGGUUCAAAUAUAUAUCCUACACAACUGGGCAAUACAUUUUUGUUUGACUUUUAGGUCUGUGUAUACAUUAACAGUUCAUGUAGUUAAUACCUGAUCAUUUGGGAUAAUGAAAGUGAAGUUAGUUGUAGAUGAAGUAAAGUUAGAGAUUUAAAAUGCAGUAAGUUUUUAAGAUAAUAAUCAAACAGAAUAGAAGGUAUGAAGUUCAUUUUCGGUAGUCUUCCAACCUCUCAGGGCCUAAUAAUUUAUGUAUGAGGAUAACAGGUAACAAAGAUAGUCGAGAUACGAGAACGUGUCUAUUAGUCUUUGCGUCUAAAAGGCAGUGAGUUACAUUCCUGCCUUCCACUGUGUUUCUGACAUAGCAAUGUUUGAUAUCGGAACCUGGAUUCAUGUAUUAUGUAAAUAAUAUCAAGCUGUAUAUUUUUCAAAGGUUUUUUAAACUUUGGAGACUCUUCUUUUGUUAAGAAGUUAAAGGAAUAAAAGAGCUGGAAAAAAAAUUGUACCUUCAACUUGGGUUGUUCCAUAUAACAUACUUAUUCUCUGCUGUUACGUAAGUUUUCCAGUUCACAAAGUCCAUUCAUGUACAUCACUUACACUUAAAUUGUAAAAAUAAUUAGUCUGAUCAUCUGACUUUAAAAGAGUCUUGCUACAAAUACAUCAUAUUUAGGAGAAUGCGGAAUAUGGGGAAUGGGAGAAGACGACAGUCCAGGGGUAACCGGUUGUUGCUGCUUAACAGUAGAGGCCUAUUGUUGCCCAUCGUCCCUGGUUUUAAUCCAAGCCUAUUACAGAAUACUGCAGUGAGAUUAUCCAUUCUCAGCCUAUUGAGCUGCAUUAAAUUAGAAUGGGAGGCUGUAAGUAAAACUCAUGCCUCUUGGCCAGGCAUUCUGCACCAGUGUGUCCCUCUGUGGCUUGCUGGUCCUGGCUUCUUUGUUCUCAGACCGGCGGCUGAGCUGCACUUGGCUUGGAGCAUACUGAAGCCUGCAGCCAGGGACAACACCAUUGAAUCAGAUGGAGGGGGUUGAAAAGGCAGAGAAGGGGGCAUGUGGCUGGCUAUUCUUGCUCUCUGGAGAACAGCUUCAUUGUUAGGAGUAAGGCUGAAGGUGGACUUCCCACUGCUGAACCACCCAAGAGGCACACUGAGUGAGUCUCUGCAUUAGUAAUGGGUGAGCCUCAUAAGAAUAAUGUUUAAAAAAAGGGAGGACUUGAAGUAGCUAUGGGAAAAUUUAGAACUUUGCACCUUGUUAUGCUUAUUUAUGGUUUAAUGUUGAUGCCAUUUGGAGUGACUUAGGGCUUGGACCCAUAAUCUUUUUAUUAUUAAGGUCUCAGUCUGGCUCUCGUUAAUAAACUUUUUCCACUUCAACCGUUAGAAAAAUGAUCCAAGUCUCCUCAGGCUUUUGGAUACUGAAUUGUUAUAAAACACAUCAAUUCUGCCAGUUUAUAAAACAUUGGAAUUGUAUUUAGACAUGUCUGAGUACAUACUUAUUUAUAGACUCAAAACAUGAUGAAAAUUCAUUUCAGUGUCUUCACAGAAUAGGCUUAACCUUGACAGUAAGCUUAAAAAUAAAGCAUUAGUGUCAUUUAGGUACAUGUCUGAGGAUUUUAUACUAAUUAGAUUUUGGGCUUUUGCAGUGCAUUUUAGUUGGGGCCUCAUUCCUGAGCCCAAGUGACCCUUUCACCUCAGCUUCCUGAGUAGCUGGGAUUAUAGGUGCACACCAACCGUGCUUUGCAGUUUCGUGUGUGUGUGUGUGUAUUUUUUUUUUUUUUUUUUUACAAGCACACACAUCAUAGCUUUGCAGUUUUUAACCAGAAGCUGGUGGAGAUCUUUGAAACCAUUUAUUCCAAUUCUCUUAGUUACAUUUAUGAUGAAACUAGGGAUCUACCUUAAAAUUUGGGGAAGCUCUUUCAAAACUUCAAACACCUAGAAAUAUAUAGUGCAAUUCAGUUUUAGUUUCUGCAGCAUGGUUUGGAAACAAAAGAUACAUGGGAUUUAAACUUGAUUUGUUUUCUUCUUACAGUAGAAGUAAAUGCUCUUGUGGGUUGAAUUGCAUCUUCCAAGGAAGAGAUGUUCACAUUCAAACCCCCAGUACUGUACAUGUAACCUUAUUUGGAGAUAGGGUCUUUUUAGAUGCAAUCAAGUUAGAAUUAGGUCAUACUGGAUUACAGUGGGCCUUAACCCAAUAACUAGUUUUUUUGGUUAAAAAAAAAAAAAAAAAAAAAAGGAAAUGUGAACAGGGAGACAGAGAAUGCCGUGAGAUGAUGGAGGGAUAGAUUGGAAUGAUGUCUACAAGCUAAGGAAUACUGAGGAUUGCUGCCAACCAUCCAAAGCUGGGAGAGAAGAUGGAACAACUCCCUUGGAGCCUGCAAGAAGAACCAACUCCACUGAUGCUUUGAUUUGGGAUUUCUGACUUGGACUGUAGGAAAAUAAAUUUAUGUUCUUUUAAGCCAGUUUUACUAACUUGUUAUGGCAGCUGCAGGAAAUUAAUAAAUGCUAAUGUUGAAAAUUAAAA